GGAGGGAGGAGGAGGAGGAGAGAAUCCUCUGCGCCUGCGAGUGAUCCCCUUCUGGGAGUGAUGCCCGCCUCGCCGGCUGAGCGGUGGAUCGGUGGAGAUGCAGACUUAGUAAUGAGCAAAAGCUGCGAGCUAUUUAAUGGUUAGCCCUCUGGCGCUGUGAAAGGAAGGGCACAGGCAGCGAUGCUCGCUUUGCUGGCGUGGACAUGCUGCUGCUCACUGAUGUAGUGAUCUCAUUUUUCCACGUUUGUGCAAGCCGCGGUCUACUUAAAGCAGAGGCGAAUGGAACGACCAAGAAUGGGACGUGAGACUGUCUCUUUGUGGGGAUCCGCUUUGAUGGAUUACCUGCUCGUCGUGCGCACUUCUGCAAAGUGACAACAAGAGUGGCCAAGUGUGUGCUGCGUUUAAGGGGGCUGUAGGUUGCAGCUCCGGGAGCGAGGUGGGGGUGUUGGGAGGAAUGCGGAGUGCCGAAUCGCCGCGCCAUCCGCAUUUUCACGCCGGGUGCCGCCGGUCCCGAGCGCCCUCGGGGUCGGCCCUGAAGGCGUCCCCGGCUGGAGACUGAGGGCCGCUUUGACGGUGACGAUGGAACCAGCUCACCGGUGCGAGGCCUGAGGGAGCAGUGGGAACGGCGGUCGAGGCAUGAAUCACUCGGAUAGCGCCGACUCUGCCGGCACGCCAAGUGGCAGCCCUUCCCUGGACAGCCAGGACUUUGAUGAGCGCGAGGGAGGUGGCGAUGGGGACGUGGACGGGGACGGAGGCUCGUUCCACCGAUACAGUGGCUUCUACGCGGCCGGUGCCCAGUGCCCGGCAGGCUCCACUUUCGCCGGGGUCAGAGCUGGCACGGGUGCCGGGGCCAAGGAGACCGGCCGUGGCCUCGCGAAGGGACCCAGCAAGUACGUCGUCUUUUACCUGGACCUCUCCUUUGUGUUUCUCCUAGAGUUCAAGCGCUGCAACAUGGCCCAGAGCUGCAUCUACUGCCUCAAGUAUCUCAUGUUCAUCUUCAACCUGGUCUUCUGGCUCGGUGGCUGUGGCAUUCUGGGUGUGGGCAUUUGGCUGUCGGUCACUCAGGGGAAUUUUGCGACCCUCUCGCCGGCCUUCCCACUCCUCACGGCUGCCAACCUUCUUAUUGCCGGUGGAACCAUCAUGAUGAUUGUGGGCUUUCUCGGCUGCCUGGGAGCCAUCAAAGAAAACCGCGCCCUGCUGCUCACGUUUUUCAUCCUGCUCCUGAUCAUCUUCACGCUGCAGCUGAUUGGGGGCAUCUUGUUCAUCGUUUACGAGGAUGUGAUUGACUCGUAUGCACAAAAGGACCUGAUUCAUGGCCUUAAGCUGUACGGCCAACAAGGCAACGUUGGGCUCACCAACGCAUGGAACAUCGUGCAGACGGAUUUCCAUUGCUGUGGCGUGGGCAACUACACAGACUGGUUCGACGUGUUUAAGAAAAAACAGGUCCCUGACUCCUGCUGCCUGGAGUACAGCAACGGAUGUGGGAGCAUCUUAACCUCCAUCACCAACAUCAACUCGGGUUGUUACGACAAAGUGAAAGCGUGGCUGCAGGAGCACCUCAUGGUUGUUGGCAUAUUUGGCCUGUGCAUCGCUUUGAUUCAGGUCCUUGGCAUGGCAUUUGCCAUGAUCAUGUACUGUCAACUGAGGAGUGAGAGCAAGUUCUACGACUGAUGUGCCCUUCCCCAAACAGCUCUGCUUUCAAGAGGGCCGGAGCGUGUUCAGAGUAGCGUUCAGCUGUAUUCCCUUUUCUCUUCUUCAAUAUACUGCUUACCUACGUACGCUUUACAAGACCACAGACACUUUUCCUCGUGUAAAAAAAAAAAUGCUUCACCCCCAACUAUAAAUGCUGCGAUCGAGACAUUUCUUUUUGAAGCACACACACGUACGUCGCCACUGCCAAAGACUGAGCAGCUCCAGCAAUCUUUUUUUGUGCUCGGGAGGAAAAAUGGUGGCGCGAAGUGGAGACAGGAGUCUUUUUUUUAAUUCUGAGCAAACCUCCAGCAAACACCCCCCCCCCGUCCCCCCCCCCCCAACCAUUAUAUCUCACUUAUUCCUUCGUGACAAAUCUGUGCAUCAUGGGGGGAGUGCUUUCUAAAAAGCUGCCACUUGAGAGUGCAUCGGUGUGUACACAUCGCACGCCGGGUCAGUGUUUUGACAGGCACGCUGAUUUUGUUGUUUUGGCUAUAAUGUCCAUCAGUCUGCACGAUAAUGGUUCGAUGUGUUAAGUCGCAACCGUGCUGCAUGGCUUCAGCUUGAUUUGGCUCAUUACGGACUCACCGUCUUCAGGACGGAAAAAUUACUUCAUGAACCACCGUAUCAACAAAAUACAACUAACCCUGCACUGAGUAUUGAAAAACAUACUCAAGUCACGCUUUUAAAAUGUAAAAUAGGUCAGCUCUUUUAAAUGUUGUUUCUUGCAUAAUUUGAGUCUAAAUGCAGAAUUAGAUUGUGUGAUGUGCAUUGUGCAAUAGCAUAUACAGUAUAAUAAAGUUAUCUGGUUAUCCAUUGUAUUAGUUCAUGCCAAAUUAACCUCUUGUAAUACGGUGGCUUUGGAAUUUUAGGACUUUUAAGUGAGUUUGUUGGGGCAAGUUGAAACGUCCCAUGCUCACACACAUUUUUGCAGGACUUCGUUUAUUAUAAAUAAUGGUGCCAUGCUGGUUGUACAACCAUUGCUGUUCGUUUUUAUGCACAUGGUCAGUUGAAUUGAGACAGUGUUGCAACAUGUGGCUUGGCCUUUGGCUAGCAUCUUUAAGUGUACACACGUGUCUUGCAUAAUAUAUAUCGUAUAACACGUUUCCCCAUGGUUGGCUUUCAGUUUUAAACCGGUUAAGGUACAAUUACGUGAUUCGCAAACCGAACUUUCCAUUUCCCACGAAUAAACGGUGGAGUUAAAAGACGACUGAAUCAGUUUGCCUUCACAUUCUGCUGCUUGUGGUCUGGCAACAUCCACAGUCAAUGAGCAGUUUUGCUUCUAGUUCUUUUCACACCCUUCUGCCCCCUCUCUGCAAAAAGCUUGGAUGUUCGGUAGUGCGAUCCGCCUGCCAUGGCAAUGAUUUGAUGGAAUCACAUCUAAGCUCGGGAUAACACCCAAAGAGACAGACAGUGACGGGCCCUCAACUUCUGAUAUUGUUUAUUCCUGGUGCAAGGAAAAUUGAAGCCUCAACUGAAAACGCUCAUGUCCUUUUUGGCCACCUGUCAUAGUCAUUUGGCAUGUUUAUGUAAUUUACAGCACAACUGUCCAUAUAGGCUGCUUAUCACCUGACAAAUAUGAUUGAGCCUUGUUAGGCUUGCGACAUUGAGGUGUGUGACCCCUCUGUUAUUUUAUUCCACAUAAUGUAUGCUUAUUGGUUAAUUGGACCGAAUCAUCAAUUGAAGUGUCUUUGCCAUGCGUUGACAAUAGAGUUAAUUUAAAUGCAUGAUAAUUAAGUAUCAGUUUCAAUUAACUCUUUUGAACACACCUUGCCUGGGAGAAUGCUAUAGAAUCAGAAUUAAUUGCUGCUGAUUAAUAUUACCCAACCCCAAAUGUAAUAAACAGCAGUUUUGAUGUAUUUAUAGCAUAAUUUGCUUAAAAUAAAAUAAAAAAAUAUUGCUAAUAUAAUAAAAUGUUUAGUUUCCUUAUGAUAUUUAACAGCAUUUAAGCAUCAUUGAAUUGGAAAAGUUGUGAACGAUCUUUACUUAUUUGGCUCCUUAAAGCAAUGUUCUUUGACAUUUGGUAUGAUUGUGAAAUCUUGCUGGUAGGUGAAAUUAAACCUUGUACAUUUCUGGUCAGCUUUUAAAUAUAUUUACAUUUAGCAGUAUUUCACAUUUGCUUAUAUUUAGCAUUCACUUUAAUGUUUUACUGCAAUACAUGUUUUUGUAAAGUUCGAAUGAUGACUAAAGGUAAAAUAGCACAUAGAUCGAGAGCUUAAGCAUGAACUUAAGCAUGAAUUAAAGAGCACAUUCCCCUUGUGUAUUAUGAAAUGUAAAUCCAUGCUGUAAAUAGUACUGUACUAUGAAAUCCAAAUUUGACAUGUAUGUAAAGUAAUUUGUUUCACAAAGCAGUGUACAAUACAAUAUAUGUCUUAAAACAACGUGUUUUUGUUACCCGCAUUGCUUUAUUCUAUUUUUUUAAACAAUGCAUUUGUUCUUAUCCUAACAACUUAAUCGAGCAUAAAAUGGCUCAACGUUUGCAAACCACAGCACCUUCCACGUUUUUUUUUUUGCUAUCGUGAGCGUCGCUCGGUGUUUGGAUUGUUGCAUGCCUUGGCAUUUCUAGGUUAUGCAACAUCUCAUGGGACCAUAACAAUUGAGUCGAUUAAAGAUGACCUUGAAAUGACAAACCACAAAAUGCAAAUGGCGUUGACUUAUCCUGGGCUACUGCCAACCCCCUUUGGUUGCGUUUGCAUUCCCGCUAUCGUCAUUUUGAGAUUAUAUUUUGUCAACGACCGCCUUUUUGCGCUUUCCGCAAGCCCCUUUGGAAUUCCGACGGACUGAUGGGAUGCACUGUAUGCCAUCUUGCAUGCUGUGGUAUGCGUUAUUAUCACUUGUAUUUUGAGUUCGGCUAGUAUUGCAAUUAGCAAAGUUAGAAGAAAUGCACUGAGGCAGUGGACUUGCUUAUCUAAAGAUUAGGCAGGCAUGUUUGAAAAUGCAGCCAUGGGUAAGUGAGUAAAGUGCUGUGCAUCAAUGUGUGCUGUUUUACUGGCCCGGCAUGACGCGAGCCUUUGGUCAUACCACUCGCAUUCCUUUUUUAUGUUCAAUAAAUUCAUUUAAAAAAAAA